AUGGCCAUCCAAGGAGUGUUACUCUUUGUUUUUCUAUUCCAUUUCUCCACCGCUUACUUGAAAUGGGCUGACUAUUGUGAAGCCAUCAAAAUGGACGACCAUUCCACUUUUCUUCCUGAAAGGCUUGAGUCAAAAGGAAAUUUUGAAACAAAAGGCGGCGAUGAGGAGAUCAACGAGUUUUUCGAGGAUCCAAAUCCAUCAUUGACUGAGACAGUUGCUUUGCUAGAAGUCAUUGAGAGUCAGCUAACAGCUUCGGAAAAAGCACGUCGUUGUGACACUCGUUCGUUGCGUGCUCCCUUUUUCAAUCCGGAUUUUCCCGUUGCACCUACCUGUGCUCAGAUUUGCGCUCGGUGCUUCCCCGGAUCGAUAGCGCUUUGCGUGCAGCGGCGACCGAAGCUCGAUCUGAUGCGGACUUGCCUUUGCACGUACAACAGCCAGUCGCCGAUUUCGGGAGCUGUCUUCAGUUUUCGUCACGAUAAACGAGUUGAGCAAUUGCUUCGCGGC